UCCAAAACCUUUCUUGAUUGCUACAGCCUCAACAACAAAACCACAAGAAAAAAGAAUGCUCAGUAAUGUACAAGCUAUCAAUAGCCAGCCUCAUAGCACUAGCUGCUUGCAUCCCUCUCCUUUUCCUGCCAUCUCCACCCAAAUCCUACUACCACUCUCUAUUCCUAUCUGAUUCCAUCUCAGAUAAUUCAUCCAUAGCAAACCACCUAUACAUCCUAACCAGGAGGCCACAUGUUGCUGGCUCCCAAGCCAAUUCUCAGACAGCAGCCUAUGUUCUGUCCACUCUCACUUCCUACAACAUCCAAUCCCAUAUAAGAUCCUAUGAUGUCUCCUUAACUUACCCCGUUUUCCGCUCUUUAAGUCUAAAGCCCUCAUCUUCAGAACAACCGGUUGAGUUUGAUCUCCGCCAGGAGAUUUACGAGGGCGAUCCUUAUGCAGACGUUGCAAAUGAGGUGCUACCUACAUUUCAUGCAUAUGCAAAGUCUGGCACUGCAAUAGGGCCUUUGGUAUAUGCAAAUUAUGGGCGAGUGCACGAUUUUGAAAGGUUGAGGGAAAUGGGGGUAAAUGUAACAGGAAACGUUGUUUUGGCAAGAUACGGGGCGAUAUUCAGAGGAGACAUUGUGGAGAAUGCACAAGAAGCGGGUGCAAUUGGAGUAUUGAUCUACACAGAUAGGAAGGAGUAUGGCGGGGUUGGGGGUGAUACUAAAUGGUUCCCUGAUGGUAAGUGGAUGCCACCAAGUGGAGUCCAAGUGGGAACAGUGUAUGAUGGGGCUGGUGAUCCUACCACACCAGGGUGGCCUAGUACUGAAGAGUGUGAGAGAAUAUCUAUUGAGGAGGUAGAGAAAGGAGGGAAUGUUCCAUUGAUACCUUCAUUGCCUAUUUCCUGGGCAGAUGCCGAUGCAAUCAUGAGGUCCAUAGGUGGGCAAGUAGCCGAUGAAGAUUGGCAGGGAGGAAAGGGUGCUCCAGUUUACAAGGUUGGACCAGGGCCUGGAAUUGUAAACCUCAAUUACACAGGGAAACAUGUUAUAAGCACUAUUGAGAACAUUAUUGGAAUUAUUGAAGGAGCAGAAGAACCUGAUAGAUUGGUAAUACUAGGUAAUCAUCGGGAUGCCUGGACUUUUGGAGCUGUAGAUCCCAAUAGUGGCACAGCAGCUCUACUUGAGGUUGCAGAAAGGCUAGGGAAACUGCUCAAGCGAGGCUGGAAACCUCGACGAACAAUUGUCUUGUGCAACUGGGAUGCUGAGGAGUAUGGCUUGAUAGGUUCAACAGAGUGGGUUGAAGAGAACAGGGAAAUUUUAGUCUCAAGGGUUGUUGCCUACUUGAAUAUCGAUAUUGCAGUGCAAGAUGCAGGGUUCCAAGCUUCUGCAACACCACAGCUUGAUGAAUUACUAAUACAAGCCACACAACAAGUCCAAGACCCGGAUAAUCCAUCACAAACUAUUUAUCAGUCAUUGAUUGGAUCUAGCAACAGUUCAAAUAUAAAGCUUGGGAGGUUAGGAGGUGGAGGAUCAGAUUAUGCAGCCUUCAUACAACACAUUGGUGUUCCAUCAGCAGAUAUAUCAUUUGGAGAAGGUUACCCAGUCUACCACUCCAUGUAUGACGAUUUCAUCUGGAUGAAGAAAUAUGGUGAUCCAAUGUUUCAUAGACAUGUAGCAGCGGCAAGCAUUUGGGGAUUAGUAGCACUGCAGCUUGCAGAUGAAGAAAUUUUGCCAUUCAACUAUCUAUCUUAUGCAUAUGAACUAGAGAAAUGUGCAGAAGAGUUGAAAGAUGAAGUAUCAGAUAAGGGGGUAAACCUUUUUCCCUUGUUUAAUUCUAUUGAGAAGUUCAAAAAGGCAGCCAUUAAAAUAAACGAUGAAAAGAAGGCAUUUGAAACGGUAAAAGCUAGGGCAUCAACACAAAGAAAAGAUUCCUGGAAAGUAAGAGAAUUAAAUGACAGACUAAUGAUGGCAGAACGGGCGUUCACAGAUCCAGAUGGACUAACUACAAGGCCAUGGUAUAAACACAUGAUUUUUGCUCCAUCAAAGCACAAUGAUUAUGGAUCCAAGUCCUUCCCUGGAGUAGAUGACAGCAUUGAGCAGGCUAAGAGCGUAAACACCAAACAGUCAUGGCUUUUAGUUCAACAUGAAGUGUGGAGAGUUGCUAGAGCCAUAACACAAGCAUCUCUAGUCCUUAGUGGUAAAUUAACAUGAAGUCUAAACUCUCAAUAAGAUAUGGUUACCUCCUAGUGUUUAUAAAUCAAAUAAAUUCGUAUAGAUGUUUUUGUAUAUAUUUGCUAGAAUUUAAAAACGUCCAUCUAUAUCUGUAAUUCUCCUAGAUUAAAUAAAAUGUACAAUUUUGGUGAAUUCCAACAAA